AUGAACCCCGGCCUGAGCUACAAUGAGAGUGUCGAAUCUCUGAACGACUGGUACCGUCUCUUCCUCGUCCCAGGAGCAGCUCACUGCUCGACCAACACACUACAGCCAGGUCCUUACCCUCAAGUCAACAUGGCUACCAUGAUCGACUGGGGCGAGAACGGCGUGGAGCCAACUACCCUCAAUGCGACUGUUACCUCUGGCUCUUAUACUGGCGAGAUGCAGAAUCUGUGCUCAUGGCCUCUUCUUCCAUAUUGGUCUGGUAAUAAUUCCAUGGAAUGUCAGUAUGAUCAGGCUUCUAUCGACAGCUGGACUUACACAUUAGAUGCGUUCAAGCGUCCAGUUUAUUAG